AAUAAUAAAAAUAAAAAAUUUAUCAACAAUAAUUACCUCAAAAUAAUAACAAUUUUAAAUUAUAAUUUUCGAGAGUUUAAAGUACAGAGUUCGUUGACUUAAAGAACUUUAAUAAAAUGAAAUAAAAAAAUAAAAUUUAUAUGUAGAGACUGUAUGUGAUAUUGUUACAAAAAAAGUGACAGCUGUAAGCGACCUUUGGAACAAGUAAUAAGUAACAAGUCACAAUUAUUAAUUACUUGUAUUUUUAUUAUUAGUUAACUAAAAAUGAUUUCUAACACCGGAAAACUUGCUGGACGUACAUUGUUCAUAACGGGAGCUUCCAGAGGAAUUGGAAAAAGUAUUGCGUUAAAGGCUGCUAAGGAUGGUGCGAAUGUUGUUAUUUGUGCAAAGACUGCAGAACCACAUCCUAAAUUACCUGGCACUAUUUACACAGCUGCUAAAGAAGUGGAAGAAGCUGGAGGAAAAGCUCUACCAUGCAUGGUCGACGUUCGGGACGAAUCCCAGGUUCUCGCGGCCGUAAAUGAAGCUGUCAGCAAGUUCGGGGGCAUUGACAUUGUGGUGAACAAUGCGAGCGCUAUUUCGCUGACACCCACGCUUGAUACCGACAUGAAAAGAUACGACUUGAUGAAUAACAUCAAUACACGUGGUACAUUUUUGGUGUCGAAGGCUUGCAUACCUUUUUUGAAAAAAAGCUCGAAUCCUCAUAUCCUGAACCUAAGCCCACCGUUGAGCAUGAAACCCAAGUGGUUCCAAAGUAACUUGGCUUACACCUUAUCCAAGUAUGGAAUGUCAAUGUGCGCCAUGGGAAUGGCUGAAGAAUUUAAAAAAGAUGGGAUUGCUGUUAACGCUCUUUGGCCUAAGACUGCUAUUCAUACGGCAGCUAUUGAAAUGCUGACAGGUGGAGAAGGAUUCAAUGUGAGCCGUAAAGCCGACAUAAUGGCUGAUGCAGCGUAUGUUAUUUUUUGCAAGGAUAGCAAAUCACUUACCGGAAGGUUUUGUAUCGACGAAACAAUCCUUAGAGAAGAAGGAAUCACUGAUUUUACUCCCUAUGCUUGUAAUCCUGAGUGGAAAGACAAGUUAAUGUUGGACUUUUUCUUGGACGAAGAAGACUUCCAAUCAAAUAGCCACACCGUUUUUGAUCCUACAAAAAAACCAGCUCAAAAUUCCAAAGACUUAAACGUCAUUUUCUCCGCAAUAAGAGCCAACUUAUCAGCAGAUCUCGUGAGAAGAACAACCGCGAUUUAUCAAUUCAAUAUAACAGGAGACAAUCCAGGAACGUGGUUCCUGGAUUUGAAGACUGGAAACGGAGCUCUAGAAAAAGGAAAGCCGUCUCAAGCUGCCGACGCUAUUCUGACCAUGGAGGCCGAUAAUUUCUUUGAUAUGUUCUCGGGAAAAUUGAAACCCGCGUCCGCGUUCAUGAUGGGAAAGCUCAAGAUCGAUGGAAAUUUGCAAGUCGCUAUGAAAUUAGAAAAAUUAAUGAGCAGCUUGAAAUCAAAGCUUUAAAAUUUAUUUUAUAUUAAAAUAUAUAUUUUGUAAAGGGUAUUGUAAAUUUUUAUA